AUGGACAUCCUGACACUUUUGAUCUUCGGGGUGGUCCUCUUUCCAAAUGUGGAUGGGUUGGUGGAUCAGGCAGCAAUUAAUGCUUGUUUUGCCUUUUACGACCGCAAGGAAAGCCCGGUUGUCGCUAUCUUAGUCGAUCUAUACGACACAUUUGACCGAAGAUGUGAGAAGAACAAUGCAAGGAUCAUUUGCUGUAUGUCGGCCCUUUACGUAUGGUUGGUUUCAAACUUCUUUCGCCAAGAGAUGAGACACGUUUGCCCGUUAGAAGGCCACCGCUCAUGCACUGAGAAAAAAGAGGCAAAUUGGGACUGGCUCUUAGCAAACAAAGAGGGAGCGUCUGUCAAUUGGUUCCCCCGAUGGAAGGAGGGGAGAACCGGGGUUCUUAUUUCGUGUGGGAAAUUUCCAAAUGUUCCCUUGAUAGGGACGAGGGGUUGCAUCAAUUACAAUCCUGUCCUCGCGAUAAGACAACUUGGUUACCCUAUAAGAGGGGCGCCAUCAGAGGAAGGCCUCAUGCCUUUUAUUACACGAGGUUUCAAUAGCACCAACGCGGGGGUGCUUCAGAGGAUCCACAAGGCAUGGGAAAUGUCACAAAGAAAGGGCAAGGAACUUAGGGGGAGUAGCAACGGGCCCAUCGGCGGUUACCGUAGGUGGUUGAAAACCUACACACAAGAUCUGGAUUGGCUCCCGAGUUUGAGGACCACUAAGGGGGUGGAGGUUGAAACUCCGGAAGAAGACGAAGAAGUACAGGCCCUCAGGACAGAACUUGAGAAAGCCCAAACAGUCAAAGAAAAGUUCAAGUCAGCAGCUGUUAGGAUCUGA